UCGAAUUAAGAAUUCCCAAAUCGGUAUGAAUAGAUGUCAAUACUUCCGCAUGCAUUCAAAUUUGAGUAAACUGAUUUCCUGAAGUCACGGAACUCAUAAAGAGAAAUGGUAACAAGGAUAGUUGCGUUUUCUUGGCUUUUCUAUGAACUCGCUCUUUUUUAAAUGGAGAUCCUGAUUUAGCGCGCCUGAUAGGUGAAGUCGCACCUAAAUUUGGACCAAAUUGAUCAAAAUUGGAUUUGGUCGUUCUUUAAUUGACGCCGCUUCUAACUAAACGAUUUUCUUUAAUACGAUAAAGAAAGUGCCCCGUAAGUUUAAAACAUGCACUUCCAGCCGAGUGAUCUGUGAUCUUAACCGUUAAGCAAGGUGAUAUUCACGGUACGGAUAUGAAAAGCGUAAGUUUAGAUUGCAAGAGCAGUUAAAGCCGACUGAAAACUGCAGCUGUUCGGGGUGUGAAGCCAGCUGGGGCUGGAGUCUGUAUCCCUAAUGCUGGGAAGGUUUUUCUCCAAGGCUAGGAACUCAAAUUCUCGUUUAAUUCUCUUGUUUUCCGUGAGGCGGGCAGACGUCUUAAUUAUUGAACAAGUCACCGGCCUGACUGAUCUCAGUUCAGUUAUGCAGGGUCUAGAAACGGAUGAUUUCGGGGUAAGCUGUCACCCGUGCUGGACUGGAGGAGCGGCAGGAGUGAUUCGCUCUUGCUCGCUCGGUGUGAUAGCCGCUCGAUCCUUUAAUGAGUCAGCUGUGACUUCGGCCGCGAUUAUUUUUUCCUGCUAAUUGUUGGGGGGGACGAAACAGGUCGGUUCUGGCCCUGGCAUCCGGUCUUAAUUGAACCAUAAACCUUGACGAGCUGUCUCUGUAGUUGUACUUUAUUUUUGGAAUAAAUCUAGGUCCUUCUGCGUUAUAAAUUCGACGUUUGCUCAGCCUGUUGCUGUCCAGCGCUCCCCAGACCGGCACAGGUGCUCCAAGCCGCUAUUGUUCAAGGGCUUUGUCGCCGAACUGGAUCCACCGGUUUCUCGAGAUGUUGGGUCAUACCUGUCAGGUCUGGCCUGUGCAGCGUUUCUCAAAAGCGGGACGGACCGCGCCCAGGAUCUGCGGGAUGGCGGGAGUCUUCUCCUACGAGAGCUCGGAGGUGGACUGGUGUGAGGACAACUACAGGCACUCGGAGACGGUGGCCGAGUUCUACAACACGGUGAGCAGUUUCAUCUUCUUCCUCUUCUCGCCACUCAUGCUGUAUCUGCUGCACCCCUACGCCAAGGAGAGGAGCCGGGCGGUGCACCUGGUGUGGUUCAUGAUGAUCUUCGUGGGGAUCUUCUCCAUUUACUUUCACAUGACUCUCAGCUAUGUGGGCCAGAUGCUGGAUGAGAUCUCCAUUCUCUGGGUGCUGGCCGUUGGCUAUGCCCUCUGGUUCCCACGGAAACACUUUCCCUCCUUCAUCAAGAACAGGGUGGAGUUUUCCGUUUUGGUGUUCCUGACGACGGUCUUUAGCACCCUGUCCUCCUUCGCCAAACCCACUGUUAAUGCCUACGCCCUCAACUGCAUCGCCCUGCACAUCCUCUACUGCCUGGGGCUGGAGCUCCGCAGUUGCACCAAUCCCAGGAUUCACAGGCUGGCACGGGUCUCUGUCUUCUGGUGGGCCCUGGCCAUCGCCUGCUGGCUGAGUGACCGCUUCCUGUGUAACUUCUGGAAGAGGAUCAACUUCUGUUACCUGCACAGCAUCUGGCACGUACUCAUCGUCGUUGCCACGGCGCACGGCAGCACUCUCAUCGCCUACUUCGACGCCCUGCACGAGAUCCCCCACGCCCUGCCCGAGAUCCAGUACUGGCCCAAGGACCACUGGUCCCUGGGGGUGCCCUUCAUUGCCAUAAGGGGCUCCUCGAAAACGCAGAAGGAGUGCUGAGGGCGACUGCUCUGUGGGACAGACGGGGAGCGAGCGAGGUGUGCGUGAACCUGUGUUAGGGUGAAAUGGACAUGUUCAUGGGUGGGGGUGUGUGUGGUUGGCUGGUGGUGGGGGGAGGGGUUUAAGUGGUUACACUGUAGAUACUGUAUCACCAGUACAAGGGGCACAAGUCCAUGCCUUCCCAACUGUAAGUUAACUUCGAGAAACCGGACAGGAAGCUGAAUCAAGGAGGAUAUUUCACAAAGCAACUUCAGCUCCAGCUGCCUGACUGUGACAGGACCUAUAACACUUGCCUGUUGCGCUCGUUUCUCACUCAGGAGAACUAUUUCAUGAAGAGAGUGCUUUAUGUUUGGCUGCUCUUGAGGCUGGACCACUAAAGACCUGAUCUCUGAGGAGACUCCUGCUGUGCAGUUUCACAUGGUCAUUCCUGCCCUUAUUGUGCAUCUGUGUGAGGAUAAAUGUGGCUGUGUUGCUGCUGUGUUUUUUGUGUCCGGUCUAGGUGUGCUGGUGCACUUGUGAGCCGUUGCCAUGGCUGGUUCGUAGGCACCAAAGGGAACUUGGUAACUGUGAUCCUCUAGACUUCCUGCUCAUUGAAGCUGAGAAGCUGAGAUAUAAGGAAACAAUUGCUGAUUGCAAAUCGGAAAGGUAUAAGAUGGCAAAAAUACAAAAUUGUUUAAAAAAAGAUAGCUGGCAGCCUGCAUUGACCACAUUUCUUGAAUGUCCAUACAAUUUUUAGAUCAAGGAAGUAUUUCAAUGUUGUAGGUUAUAAGCCAUGAGUGAAUUCUGACUGUCAUAGAAUGAAGACUCAUUGUUUCUUGCAACAAGAAUCUCUUAUUGGCAGGUUUCACCUGAUUCUGGGAAUGAUAAGUAAAGGGUCAAUAGCCCAGUCUUGUUCUGAACUCAAACAUAUUAACUUUCAUCACAGCUGAUUGAACAGAUCUCUAUAGUAUUGAUUGGAAAAUUUGCUCCGUUCCAGUUGGAAAACGUAGAAUACCUCUUUACCCUCUGAUUCAUUUUCUUUACAUUUGCCCAGAAAACGGUUUAUGAUUGUUUUUUGUUUCUGUUGGUUUUUGCUCUGUAUAGAUGCAUUAGAUUUGAGCUUUAACAAAGCGUUCAGUGCCUCUGUUUGUUAAAGUGGGUUUACCUCCUUGUGUUUAACAAGACGUUAUGAAAUGAGUUACAUGUUUUUUAUGGCAGGAUGUCUGUUACUUAGCUAAAGCAACUGCACUGGGCCAAAGCUGAGCCAUCAUUGUCAGUUAGUAGACAUCAGUGACAACCACUGAUUUUAUAUAUAUAUAAUCGAAAUGGCAUAUUAUGUACAAUUAACAAACAUAUUUGUUUCAGAUCUAUUUUCACCAUGCGUGGAGUCUGGAAUAGUAAUUAAAGGUGGAAUGAG